AUGACUCUCAUUACUACUCCCGGAGCGCCUUUGCUCGCUGGUGUCUUUCUCUUUGUCAUCGCAACUUACACCCUGGUCACAUCACUCUCCUCACCUCUACGUCGCGUGCCCGGUCCUUGGUACACUAAUUUCACACACUUGGUUCUCAAAUUCCACAUUGUUACUGGUAACAGGAUACACUAUGUCCAUUCACUUCACCAAAGAUACGGUCCUAUCGUCCGGCUCACCCCUUGGGAGGUAUCUGUCAGUGACGCGGAAGCUGUUUCUGCAGUGCACAAGAUUGGCGCAGGAUUCCUCAAGUCAGCUUGGUAUGAUGGCAUAACACCUGGCCGUGAGCCCGGCAUCUUUGCUAUGCGUGAUCCUCAUCAGCAUUCAGCUCGCCGAAGACUGUUUGCUCGCGCUUUCAGCAACGGUUCCUUGCUUACCAACUGGGAGCCCGAGAUCAGACAAAAGACUAGCCUCGCCGUUCAGAAGAUUAAGCAGGAUGCUCUCGGAGCUGGCGCUGAUGUGUUUAAAUGGUGGACCCUCAUGGCUACAGAUGUGAUUGCGCAUUUGUCUUUUGGGGAGUCAUUCCAUAUGCUAGAACAGGGCAAGCAAACACGCUACAUCGACUCAAUCCAGUUGGCCAUGAUCAACAGUGGCAUCAGAACAGAGCUGUCUUGGAUCUACCCUUUUCUGAAAUUCAUCCCAUCCCAAGGUCUAAAGACGCUCUUGAAUGCCGACAAUGUUGUUUACGAUCACGGCACCGUGGCAGUCAGGAACAUGCAAAGUGCAGGGGAUGGACUAAACAGGGCCAAUCUGUUCAGUCAGAUGGUAGCUGAAGCCGAUGGCCAAGAAAAGACAACACUCACAGCAUCGAGUGUGCAGGCAGAAGCAGGUAACCUCAUUAUUGCUGGAUCGGAUACGACAGCUGUCACUUUGACAUAUCUUGUCUGGGCUGUCCUCAAGCACCCUCAGCUGCAAGCCCAGCUAGAGGAAGAAGUUUGUUCGCUUAGUGAUGAGUUGACAUUUGACGAACUCAAAAAUGCACCGCUCUUGAACAGCAUUAUCGAAGAGACUCUUAGAUUAUAUGGCGCAGCACCUGGUGCACUUCCGCGUGUUGUCCCCAGCAAGGGUGCUACCCUUGUUGGUCAAUAUCUUUCAGGAGGUACCGUUGUCAGCACACAAGCAUAUACAUUUCAUCGUGACGAAAGCAUCUGGCCUGAUGCACUAAGAUUUGAUGGAUACCGAUUUAUGGACAAGUUCAAGAUGACAGCUUCCCAGAAAGCUGCGCUUUCCCCUUUCGGAGCUGGCUCUAGAAUUUGUAUCGGAAUGCACUUGGCUUAUAUGGAAUUAAGACUCGGAGCUGCACUGUUCUUUCGAGAAUGUCGUGGGGUUAAGAUUGGUGUGGAGAUGACUGACGAUAUGAUGGCGAUGGAGAAUCACUUCUUGAUUGCACCCAAAGCUCAUAAAUGUAUAGUUAAGCUAUAG